AUGUUUCCCGAUCCCGACUGCCAUGGUACUUCUAACAAUGCUGCUCCGAUUCAGGACGACACACAAAAUUACAAUGCAAUCGAUGGUUUCCAAAAUGCGACGCACACACAAGUAGAAUUUUCAAGGCAAAUAGAAACUUGUGAUCCAUACGAUAUUCCUUUAAGUAGUGAUACGAUCAAAGUACUGUGGUCAUUUGGUGACACAGAUCCCAUUCAUGGCAACCUCAAGGGACAUGCCCAAAAUCGUGGUUGGAAGUCGUUACAUCUGCUUGGGCCAAUGUUUCGAAAAAGUGUAAGUCCUACUUUAACACAGCGUAGCCAUGCCGAUGUACAUAAAUGGGAUGUAACGGUGCAAAAUGUAACCAUUGAUGAGUCGAUGGACACGCUCUAUUGGUGUAAAAUAAUACGUGCACCAAUAUUAACCGAAAAACAUCACAUUAUUGGGUAUGAAGCAUUACUCACGAGAGAAAGUUCCAAAGCACAGCCAAUGGUACAUCACAUGACACUUUUCGAAUGUUCAACGAGAUCAUAUCCAGGAUCUGAUCCAUUGUCUUGGGACGUGUGGGCAAAAAGCGCAGGAGCUGUAUGUAACAGUAAUUUAUUGACACCACGUGAUUGGGAUGCAUGUAUAACUCCAAUAGCUGUAUGGUCCAUCGGCUCAACUGGACAAUUCUUACCACCACAUGUUGGUAUACCUUUUGGAGGACAAAAGGGUGGUAAAUAUUAUAUGCUGGAAAUACAUUAUGAUAAUCCGAAUGCAGUAAAAUUUUCCGAUCAUUCCGGUUUUAGAAUUCAUUAUUCACGACAUCUACGAAAGAACGAUGGUGGAAUUAUGAUAUCAGGAGUUUCAGUUUCCGAUACUCAACUCAUACCACCCGGUCAAAAACUCUAUAGAAAUAUUGGCAUCUGUGGGCCAUCCUGUUCAAAUGUGAUGUUUCCGGAUGAUGGAAUAAAAAUUGUUUCUGGUGCCUUACAUUCUCAUCGGGCUGGACGUAAAAUGGCAUUAAGGCAUGUGCGCGCUGGCAAAGAACUGGACCGAAUUAUUGAAGAUGACAAUUAUGACUUUAAUUUUCAACAAGUCCGACAGUUAGAAAACGAGACUGUGGUUCUUCCGGGCGAUUAUAUUAUCACGGAUUGUGCUUACGAGACCACAAACCGUAAGGUUCCCACAUUCGGUGGCUAUUCGACAAAGCAAGAAAUGUGUUUGUCAUUUAUAACCUAUUAUCCCAAAAUCGACUUAGCUGGCUGUUAUAGUAUGACCCCGGUGAGAGAAUUCUUCGAAACUUUUGGCGUGUAUCAAUUUUACUCAUUAAAUAUGACUGAUGUGGAGAACCUAUUUCUAUAUAACGGCAAUGUGCUUGACUAUAUACCAAAUUCAAUAUAUGAUAAACCGAAAAAGAAUCGUUCGUAUAUGUCCGAAGAAGAAUUGCUUUAUGAGGAUUCAUUAUUAAAUAAACUCAUCAUAUCAGAUCCUGUAGAAUUUCAUGACCGUACAUUUCUUGCGCACUUGAAGCAAUUACCUUGGUCAGAACCACUUUUCACAAAACGCGUUGAACAGGGCAUGAUUAUGGGUAAACAUAUGACAUUCUGCCGCAUUUCUAAUGAAUCGGUGUCCAUUCCUUCAGAAAUCAUACGCUAUCCAAACUUUACAAAUUAUGUAAAACCACCAAGCCUGUGCCCAUAUCACAUAUUGAUGGACAGUGCCCCGUUAAGUUCAGAUGCAACCACAAUUUCAAAUCGUCUUUGGAAUCAGUAUAUACUUUACUUAUUUUUAAUCCUAGUCUCUAAAAACUGCUCGUAAAAUUAGUAAAACAUAAAAUUUUGAAGAACUUUUACAAAAAGUUAUUCAAAUUUACAUUGUAAUGCCGAAUUUCUUUAAGUAUAUUUAAAAAAAAAAAGUUGUUAAUCUUCAGCUAAAGUAUAUAAAAAUAUUAAUUC